AUGUGUUUCAGCUUGGUGAUGCUGUUCCUCUGUCUCUCCAAACAGAGCGGCAGAGUUUGGGUUCAACAGCAAACAGUUAAAGUCCCACACAGUCUGAACUCUGGGGGUUUGGCACAGGACAAGGCUGAGGGACCAAAACAGGCCUGCGUUUUCCCUCCCACACUGGAGACAGAAAUGCAGGCAUCCAAACCAAUGUCAACUUUCACUGGCAUAAGAGGAGCUGUACUGGAAAAUUGGUACAGUGUGAUCUCAGAGCCAUAUGAAGAGUCAACCGGAGGUGACAGUCAUCCUCACAGAGCUCAGAGGUCAUCUUCAAGCCACGUUAGGAUGAGCAGGGCGGUCCUGGGUGGAGGACUCACCAUCGACACCCUGCCAGACAACAUGACACACAUGGUGGAGGACUCUGGCAAGUAUUACACAUGGCGUAGCUUUGGCCCAGAAGACCAGCGCACACAGGAACUAUGGGUAGACAUGAGUGACAUCCGGCAUGGCCAAGUUAGAGUCCAUGGCAUUCUGUCAAAUUCAUACAAGCAGGCUGUGAGGGUUGCCCUGUCGUUUGACUUUCCUUUUUAUGGACAUUACCUGAGGCAGAUUACCAUAGCAACAGGAGGGUUUAUCUUCAUGGGGGACAUUGCUCACCGUAUGCUGACCGCAACACAGUACAUCGCCCCUCUAAUGGCAAAUUUUGACCCCAGCUUCUCUAAAGAUUCCACUGUACAAUACCUGGAUAAUGGUGAGGUGUUUGUGGUGCAGUGGGAGCGGGUCAGACUCCAAGGAAAAGAGUCAGAGGGAGCGUUUACAUUUCAGGCUGCACUUUACAAAACAGGAACCAUCACGUUCAGCUAUCGAGAUAUACCUCUGUCAUUCGAUGUGAUCAGUUCGGCUGAGCAUCCCGUGACGGUCGGUUUGUCUGAUGCCUUCAUGGUCAAGUCACCUUCUACUCAAUCACCAGAUGACCAACGGCGGACGAUUUACGAGUACCAUCGGGUUCAGAUAGACACUACAAAGAUCACCAGCUAUUCUGCUGUGGAGUUCACUGCACUGCCAACUUGCCUGCAACACGACAGCUGUGAGCUCUGCCUCACAUCCAACCUAACCUCUGGUUGCAGCUGGUGCAAUGUACUCCAGAGGUGUUCAGAUGGCAUGGAUAGACACAGACAAGAAUGGUUGGACUAUGCCUGUUCAGACGAGAGCAACGAUGCAACCUGUGAGGAUUACACCAGGGCCGACAGCUCCACCGAUUCCUCUAUCACACCAGAGAUCGAGGACGUGACCUCUUUAACUCCUCUACAGAAAGGCUGCGAAAGCUACGAUGAGACCAAACGCCAUAUAUUUAACACUGGCAACGAUGUGAAGGCAGACUCUUCAACCAAGAGCGAAGGGCUGGCUAACACAGGAGUGAUAGCAGGUAUAGCCGCUGCGCUGGUGUUACUUCUGGCUCUGAUACUUGUCGCUCUUUACAUCAACUACCAUCCUACUACUGCAUCACCAGUUUACCUCAUCCAGCGACGCAAGAACUACUGGCCUUCCUGGAAGUUUCAGAAGCAACAACCUGGCUACACAGAAGUGGAAGGAGAAGGGCAUGAAAAAGACAGCAUUGUUGAAGCGGGGCCAUGUUGAAAUGAGGGAUGGAAAGUUGGAUAAACAAGAUAUUUACAUUGAACUGAUUUCAACAAACAGUCAAAUAUUUACAUUUGUCAAAACAGUUCAAUUUCAAAGAUUCAGUUUGUGGUUGUUGUUGAUUUUUAUAAAGCUGUUCGUGACUCUGCAAAAAAGAUGAGGUUGCUGAAUGUUAUAUGAUACUGGAUGGUUUCAUUAGAAAUGUAUGUCUCUGCUAGAA